AUGCCGCAACCAGACUUCAGCUGUAUCAUUUUCGCAGAAACCUCCAGACUCUCCUGCAGACGUCCAAGGAUCCCUUUGAAGCAGCACUUCGAGUACCGCUAUGCCAUCUUCCAUUCCGAAACCGAUGACUUCAUCCGGUGGACGAAGGAGGGAGAGGAGCCGCUCUUCGCGGUGGCGACAGGUCGCACGCUGUGUCUGGAAGACGACAACGGCCGCUGCCGUGCCACAGGCGACGACGAAGCAGGGCAGAUGUCGACGGUCGCCUCUCGGGGAGCAUCCCUGGCCGCAGAAGCGAACUCGGGCAGCCGACCUCCCAGUCCCUCGGGCUACCAUGGGAGCCAGCCAACAAGCCCGAGAAGCCCAGCAUCCCCGCGAUCUGGAAGCUGCUGGAACGUGCGUUCAAAGUCCAUGGACCUGACGCAGCUGUGUGACGUCACAAGCGAGGACAGCGCCUUCUUGGUGUUCCGAAGCCUGCCAGUAGUGGUCAAGCGAGCCGAGAAUGGGGACUGGCAAGUUGAAAAGAUUAGCCAUGGAGCCGGAACUGCUUUGCCCCUGCUGAAGCACUUCACGCAGACUGGGGUCAACAAGCCUCCGACGGGUGAAGCCAUUGAUGUGUCUGUGAAGUUCAUCGGGCACCCAGGUGUAUGUGUCAGAGAUGAUGCGGACAGGAAACAGCUCACAGACCUCCUGGCAAAGCAUUCCUGCAUCCCGGUUUUUCUCGACGAGGAUGUCGUGCAAAAGCACAACUUCUUCGCAGAAGACUAUUUGUGGCCCGUUUUUCACAACAUGAAGAUUUUCGAUGCGACCAUCACCGGUGACCAUGAGUACGAGUCCUUCGACAAGGCACUUUGGAAGAGUUUCCUAAACCUGAACAACGCGUACGCGGAGGUGAUUACCACGCACGGACUCUUGGCCACAGCCAUGCAGAUUUGGGCAAGACAAAUCAGAGCUUCAGAGGUCUGCUAUAGUACCACGAACUGUUUUGCUGGCAAGCACUUCCACAUUCUGGCAGAGAGGCAAGAGACAACCCUUGACCUGAGUGCUUCGAAGGCAUGCCUCUGGCUGCUGACAUCGAUGCACAGCCUGCCCUCUCGAGCAAACCAACGAGCCGUUAGCUGCUCUUCUGAGGUGAUGAGAACACGCUUGUUUGGAUCCACGACUACGAGCUCGAGCCUUCGCCUGCACACCAGGCUUCAAGACUGA